AUGGCAAGCUUGAUGAAAGUCUAUAAACUAUGGGUUGAUAUAAUUGCACAGAACCCCGCAAAUCGACAUGAGCUGACUAGCCAGCAGAGGCAUGUUUUCUCCGCUGAGGAUCCGGAGAAACCCCUCCAGGAUAUUGUAACUUGGGAUGAAUAUUCUAUCCUUGUUCGCGGGGAACGUAUACUCUUUUUCUCCGGCGAAUUUCAUCCUUUCCGUUUGCCUUCCCCAGGACUAUGGCUCGAUGUGUUUCAAAAGAUCCGAGCACUAGGAUAUUCUGGCGUUUCAUUUUAUCUCAUGUGGGGUCUACUCGAGGGUGAGCCCGGACAUGUGCGUACCGAAGGCGUCUUUGCCCUCGAUGGGUUCUUUAAUGCUGCUAGUCAAGCAGGUAUUUACCUCCUUGCGAGGCCCGGACCGUAUAUCAACGCCGAGGUCUCUGGCGGUGGCUUCCCCAGUUGGGUCCAACGGAUCGAGGGUAGUGUUCGAACAACUGACCCAACUUUCUUAAAUGCUACAAAAAACUACAUUUCCACCAUCGGUGAAAUCAUUAGCAAAGUGCAGAUCACCAAUGGAGGACCGGUUAUCUUGUUCCAGCUAGAGAACGAAUACUCAAUAUGUGAAGGAGCCCCCAGUCAUGAGGAGCUUAACUUUUGUCUCGAGAAAGACUACAUGGCAGCCAUUGAACAACAAUUUAGAGAUGCAGAGAUUGUUGUGCCGUUUGUCAACAACGACGCCGUAGCUCUGGGUGAUUGGGCACCUGGGACUGGUCAAGGGGCUAUUGAUAUUUAUGGGUUCGACAAUUACCCCUUUGGGUGGGGCAACGGCUAUGCAAGCCCGGAGAAUUGGACACAGAUUACAGACCCCUUGACACAGUACAACUUUAGUCAACAUCAGUCUAUGAGUCCUGGAACCCCGUUCUCGAUCAUCGAGUUCCAAGGAGGUGCUCCAGAUCCAUGGGGUGGCACGGGCGCUGAUGUCUGCGCCGAGAUGGUAAGCAACAUCUUUGCAAGAGUGUUCUACAAGAUUAAUUAUGAUUUCCGCAUCACUAUUUUCAACCUUUAUAUGAUGCUUGGCGGCACUAAUUGGGGUAACUUGGGCUAUUCAUCUGGGUAUACUUCCUACGAUGUCGGCGCAGCCAUCAUCGAGGACCGCCAGAUCACUCGAGAGAAGUAUAGCGAAAUAAAGCUGGAGGCGCAGUUCCUACAGGUCUCUCCAGCAUAUAUUACAUCGAAGCCUCACAGUCCCUGUAGUGGUUGCUAUACGAAUGCAAGCGCUUUAAUGACGACUCGCCUUCAAGGAGAAAGUACCAACUUCUACAUCAUACGCCAUUCAAACUAUAUCGUUACGCAGUCAACAUCCUAUGAAUGGCGGGCUAAUACAAGCCAGGGGAGUAUCACGGUUCCUCAACCGGGAGGUUCUUCGACUCUCCAUGGACGUGACUCCAAAUUCCAUGUUACGGACUGUGAUUUAGGGGGCAUCAACCUAAUAUAUCCAACUGCGGAAACUUUCACCUGGAGGAGGCAUGGGUCUAAGUCUGUGCUCGUCCUGUACGGUGGUGAAGACGAGAUCCAUGAGUUCGCGGUGGAUAGCAACCUCGGGAAUGCAACAACCAUCGAAGGCUCUAAUGUCAGGCUUGGGAAAAGGGGGGCAACAUUUGUCGUGCAAUGGGAUCACCUGGACGUUUAUCUACUCUGGCGGAACGAGGCCUAUCAAUACUGGGUCAUGGACCUCCCUGCUCCCGAACCAUUGGACCUGCAUGCUUCUCCAUCAAGAACCAACUCGUCUGUCAUUGUCAAGGCUGGGUAUUUGUUACGCAAUGCGUCUAUUUCAGAGAACACUCUACACUUGACGGGAGAUGUCAACGCAACAUCGACAGUUGAGCUUAUCUCCGCCCCUCCAGGCUGCUGUUCAGACGUACUGUACGACGGAAACCGUCUUCAGAACAUCAGCAAUACAAAUGGUAGGGUGAGUGGAGUAGUACCGUACAUAGACCCGAAAUUAGCCAUACCAGAAAUGGAGAGUCUGGAAUGGAGAUACUUAGAUUCGCUACCGGAAGGAGAAGAGAAAUCUCUGUACCUGUCUACCCAGGGAGGCUACGCAUAUGGCCAUUCUGUCUGGCUCGAUUCCACCUACCUCGGGUCCUGGCAAGGGAAUCCUGCCAUACAGAAUUACAACCAAACACUCCAAUUCCCACAAAGUCUGCAAGGAGAUGAGCAUUACGUAUUGACCAUUUUAAUUGAUAAUCUUGGGUUAGACCUCAACUUUGAACUGAAUACCAACACCAUGAAAUCGCCGCGCGGCCUCCUCGAUUACGAUCUAUCCGGCCAUAACUCGUGGAAGAUUACUGGUAACCUCGGCGGGGAGCAGUAUCGCGAACAUAGCCGUGGACCCUUGAACAAAGGAUCUACUUUUGUGGAGAGGCAGGGCUAUCAUCUCUCAGGGGCCCUGAACUCGACUAAAGCAGAAUGGCAGACCCGAACUCCACAGGAAGGCCUCUCAGCAGCCGGAGUCGGCCUUUUUGCGACCACUUUCUCACUUGACUACCCGCAAGGAUAUGACAUUCCCACCAGUGUGUAUGUCACCAUCCCGACCACUCACCAAAGCAUUGUUAACAAUACCGGCCCUCAAACCGAGUACCCUAUCCCAGAAGGCAUCCUCAACCAUCACGGGGGAAAUCACCUCGCCCAUCACCUUUUGGGCUCUGGAAGGAAAUGGGGCAAAGCUGGACGGGAUUGA